ACAGUUCCUUCCGUCUGACGCCGUGUGGCGCUGUUACAGCGCACUGUUUACAGCACAUGAGACAAAGCAACUCAAUUGCCCUACUGGAUCAACCAUACGGUUUAUUUAACCAUUUCACAACCGAAACUUACUUAAGUAAAUCCCAUGACAGAAAGAUUAUACUUAAGGUUAUCCCAAAUGGAGAUUUUGUUUGCUGCAUCUGGGCUCAGGAAAAGUAUGCUAAUGUGAACAUCUGGAUGGAGCAACACCCAUGACAUGUGAACACUUUAAAGGCUUCUUUCAAUAAAGAAAGUUCUUUCCCUGCAGAUAUUAUUUCUGCAAUAAUGGAUGUAGAAGACGAUGACCUCUCACAAAAGGCUGAGAAUGCAAGUCAGAAUCAUAAUGGCCCCAAAAACAAUGAUAAAAGAAUAGAUGCCAAGGGAACCUGUUUAAAAAUCGAAGGAAAAGAUGGAUAUGUGUUCAAGUCGUACAGCAUUGCUCCUCAUGAGUUUUCAGAUGCAGAAUCCCCUCAUAAUAACUCAGACUCAUUGGCUAAAGACUCUUCUUUUGUGUCUUUGUCAUUGGAGUGCACAAAGGAAGAUGUAUCCUCUCGGGUUGAUGGGCCUGCAACAGAGGAUUCACCAGUAGAAACUUGUGCAGAAAAGCAUAACUCACAAACCUCUCCAGCCAUUUCAAAUAAGAGCCAGAACACUGAAAUAAACAACUCAUCAGAAGUAGAAACAAGUGUAUGUAUUAAAGGAGAGCCAAAUGAAACGGGUGAGAUCACUCAGGAUGAUGAAAAAUUAUCUUUUGAUGGAUCCUUUGGUCCUUUUGCAACCAGAGGUUAUGAUGAUGAUUAUGGUAGCUUGUUUAGUGGGUACUCAAGUACCCUUUAUGAUGUUGCAAUGGAUGCUGUCACUCAAAGCCUUUUAACAUCAAUAAGAAGUCCCCUUAACCCUAGAAAAAAAUCCCCUGCUUGGAACCAUUUUUUCAUAUCACCACGUGAUAGUACCAAAGCGAUCUGUAUGUACUGUAUGAAGGAGUUCAGUCGGGGUAAAAAUGAGAAAGACCUCAGUACGAGUUGUUUAAUGAGGCAUGUGCGAAGGGCUCACCCCACUGUUCUUUUACAAGACAGCGAUUCAUUAAAUAAUUCGUCCAAUACUUCCUCAUCUUUAAUACCUCCUAAUGUAUCACCAAACAAUGGAGACUCAACUGUGAGCAUCAAGCCCCCUACAGACAACCAUACUCCACUGUCCACAUUUUCAGCUGAGGCAACAGACUUGGUGUCCAAAGAGUCUUUACAAAAGGUCAAACCAAAAAUGGAAAAAAGUGUCAAGGGUGACUUUAGUACAGUUCCAUCCCCACAUUCACAUGAUGAUGCCAUAGACCUGGGAACCGAGUGCCCUGGAUCUGCCCCUAAGAGCUCAAGUUCUCGACGACGCUCUGCAGUGUGGAAACACUUUUACCUAUCCCCUGCUGACAGCUCAAAAGCAGUGUGUAUUCACUGCAUGAAUGAGUUCAGUCGUGGUAAAAAUGGAAAAGACUUGGGAACAAGCUGCCUUAUACGCCAUAUGUGGCGGGCCCAUCGAGACAUUGUUAUUGAGGAAAAUGGACAGGGCUCAAGCAUUCCUCCGCCUUACACGACUCCACCAACAAUGCUGUCGCGUACACAGGUUCAGGACUCCACGGAGGUCAAAAAAGAGUUCUUGUGUAGCUCAUAUACCCCUGAAACCAUUUCAGAUGAAGUGCCCAAUGAUGACGGUGAGCACGUUACAGUUGAAGAGGAGGGAAACGAUGCUACAUAUCAGUCUGGACAGGAGUCAUCGCUUGAUGUAUCUUUAGGACUGAAAGGGGAAAACGUAUAUCUUUCAUCGUCUCCAGAGGAGCAUGCUGAGGUGCAAUGUCGAUCACAGGAUCCUAGCUCAGUUUUCCAACAAAACAAGAAAAUAAUGAAACGGGUAAAAUCAGAAGUCUGGCAUCAUUUCAUUGUCUCUCCUGUCGACCAGCUCAAAGCCUUAUGUCGAUAUUGUCCCUGUGUCAUUAGUCGUGGUAAAAGAGGGGACUUUGGUACAAGCUGUUUAAUGAGGCAUUUAAUGCGACGGCAUCCUGAUGUCCUCAAGACACAAAAAAGCACAGUUGACAGAGUUUCAUCACCUCAGUCACCCUAUACUACUACUGCUGCAGAGGACAACAUGUUAACAAACGCAUCAGACAGCCCUGCCAUUGAGAACAAACUUCACACCCUGCCUGUUUUUAGUAAAAAGACUUCAAAGCUGUGGAAUCACUUUUCUAUUUCUUCCACAGAUCCAACAAAAGUGGUCUGUUUGCACUGUAGCCGCACAAUAAGCAGGGGCAAAAAGACAACCAAUUUAGGCACUAGUUGCUUAUUUAGGCACAUGCAAAGGUUUCAUGGACAUGUGCUUGAAAAUAAUGGUAGUAUCUCAGGUGAUGUGUCAUCUGCUGAAAUUCAGGUUAAGCAGGAUCCUAUGGACAUUACUACUAAUGAGGAGAAUGCUGAUAAAUUUAGUGAAUGCCAUCCAAUUGCCAAAAAAAUCACCAAACUCAUUGCAGAAAUGCUUGCACUGGAUCUUCAGCCAUCAACUGUAGUGGAGAAUGUUGGCCUGAACCGCUUACUAGAAUAUCUCCAACCACAGUAUUCUCUACCUUCAUCGUCAUACUUUACUAGCACUGCAAUCCCAGAAAUGUACGAAAGUGUGAAAGAAGUCGUUCUGACCCAUCUCAAGGAGGCUGAAGGUGGUAUCGUCCAUUUUACGACAAGUGUAUGGGUGAGCAGUCAAACUCAAGAGUACUUGACUCUUACAGCCCACUGGGUAACAUUUGAGUCUCAAGUUGUGCCUCAGGGUCAAGAUUUCCACUGCUCAGCCCUCCUUGGUAUUUCCUCAAUUGACUGUGACUACAAUAUGCUGAGCAUACAGAAGCAGCUUGAAUAUCUUUGGGACAACUGGAUUGGUUCCUCUGGCCUUAAAAUUGGAUUCACUGUAACAGAUAAUCAAUCAAUUGAAAGCAUAUUGGAGAGCAAUCAUCAUGCCACCAUGCAGUGUUUUGGUCACAACAUAGACCUAAUUGUUAACGAAGCCAUAAAAAGCCAGAGGAUGGUUCAGAACUUGUUAAGUAUUGCUAGAAAAAUCUGUGAGAGAGUGCAUCGUUCUGCUCAAGCAAAGGAGAAGUUGGCAGAGCUGCAAAAAGCUUACCAGUUACCUGAUAAUCAGCUGGUCCAGGAUGUUCCCUCUAAGUGGAGGACAUCAUACUUCAUGCUUGAACGAUUAGUAGAGCAAAAAAAAGCCAUUGACGAGAUGUCAAUAGAGUGCAAUUUCAGGGAAUUGAUAAGCUGUGACCAGUGGGAAGUCAUGCAGUCAGUCUGUAAUGCCCUUAAGCCUUUUGAGGUUGCCUGCAGGGAGAUGAGCAAUCGCACUGCAACACUGGGCCAGGUCAUUCCACUCAUUCACAUACUCAACCGAAAGAUAGAAAUGCUUUUUGAUGAAACUAUGGGUAUUGACAAUAUGCUCAAAUCUUUAAAGGAAGCAAUGAUGUCUAGAAUGUCCCCAACACUUCAUGACCCAAGGUACAUGUGGGCAACCAUGUUGGACCCGAGGUAUAAGACCUCCCUCUUUACUGAAGAAGAGGCAGAGCAGUGUAAGCAGGACCUCAUACAAGAGCUGGAGGUGUCUACAUCUACCUCUGCCCAGACUAAAUCGCCACUGUCGAAUGGAUGCAGCGAGGUACCAGUUUCAUUGCACAGCUCAGCCGCAAACAAAGACAACCUCUGGGCACUUAUGGAUGACAUAAGACAGAAAAUCAAGCAAGAGGAGAGACCAAAAUCGUCGGAGGUUGCUGUCAUGGAGUAUUUGGAGGAAGACAUUCUUGACCAGAGCUGUGAUCCUCUGGAUUACUGGAACCUAAAGAAAUUCCUGUGGCCUGACCUUGCCAAAGUAGCUGUGCGUUAUGUGGGUUGUCCACCCAGCAUUGUACCAGCAGACACACUGUUUAGCACAUCAAGUGUCAACUGUGCCCUAAAUCAAUCGCGACCAUUGCUCGAAAAUCUAGAAGGACUCCUUUUUUUAAAGGUAAACCUUCCUUUGAUAUAUUUUCAGUACUGACUACAUAUUUGUAUUUGCAAAUCUGUUUCUUAAACUUGUUUGAGCUCUAUCCAGGACCAAAUCAUUUUUUCUGAGAAAGCCCAAUUAAACAUGAUUGUAAAGAUGUUCGUAUUAAAAAUCAGAGCAUUUUGAUAAUAUUUAACUGCAUAAAAGACUGCUUUCUUUGAGUACUACUGUUCAACACUUGAUAACUGGAGUUUGUUUUAUUCCUGGUGAAAAGUGUUCAGGGAGGGAGCAUUAGCUAGCUAUAGGGGUAUUUGGUGUUUAUUGCUGUACUUGGAGUUUUACUUUUUAUUUUUAAUUGUCAAGUCCUUGUCCUCUCUCUCCUUGUGCCUUAAAUGAGCUACUUCAGGUCAACAUGUUGUAAAUAUGAACUGAUGUGCAAAACAAGUCAUAGUCUUCUGAUUUAAAUAAUUUUGUAAGAUUGAAACUAAAUGCUGAAUACUGUUUUUAUAUUGAAACAUGACCCAAAAUAAAUGCUGUGACUGAGAUGUUUAAAUGUUUUAUUUAAUUCUUUCAUUUUAAUUUUGUGGCUCAUGGUACUGUUAGAAAUAGUUUCAUUUUUUGCUUAUGAUUGUUUUGUUUUACAGAAAAUGUAUAUAAUGAUGUUUCAGGUAAAAAAUCUGUUAGAAAUUGCAUUUUUCUUUUGACACAAAUCUGUUUUUAUAUCUAAGGGAUUAAAUUAUGAUCGUUGUCAAACAAAUGUACUGUACAUUUUAUAAAUUAUAAAUUCCAAUAUAAAAUUUGUUAAAGGUGGAAGCAUUCAGACUGGAACCAUUUAAUUUUUGUGGUUUUGUAAAUAAAAGGUUUACCCUUUUAAUUGACUUCAAA